AUGGCCGAGAAGCGCAAGACAUCACCGCCCAUCUCGUACCGCGAGGCUGCGCUCGUCAAGAGGCAGCGACACGAUGCGGAUGACGGUGCAGCGGGAUCGCAGCAGAUCGCCAUCGCCUCUUCCAAGGAUGGCCAGGACAAGGGCCUCGUCCGCUCGGUCAAGCGAACCUCGUCUCUGUCGCACCCUAUCCUCGGCCUGACUGGCGCACAUACAUCGGAAAUCCUGGAUACCAAGUUUUCGCGCGAUGGAUCUCGCAUCGCUGCCGCUUCGGCCGACCGCACCAUCUCCAUCUGGAGCGUAUACGGCGACUGCGCCAACAUCGGCGUGCUCAAAGGCCACUCCAAGGCGGUGACGUGUCUAGCAUUCAGCAACACCCUCUCGGACGCGCUCUACUCUGGCUCAGCAGAUGGAACGCUCAUUUCAUGGAGUCUCGCUACCGGCGAAAAGCAGCGCCGCUUACGAGGCCACCGGGCCAUCGUCAACUGUGUCUCGGCGACGCGGUCGGGUCCCGAAUUGCUCGUGUCUGGCUCGGACGACGGCAAGGUGAUGAUCUGGGACCCACAAGCUAAGGAGCCCCUCGACGUGCUCGAUGUUGGAUACCCGGUGACGGCAGUUGCAUUCUCGGACGACUCGAGCCAGAUCUACAUUGGCGGCAUCGACAACCAGGUGCACAUCUACGACCUUGCGCGCAAGACGAGCGUGCUUUCGCUGCGCGGGCACAUGGACACCAUCACGUGCGUUUCGCUGUCGCCCUCGGGAUCGCAUCUGUUGACGACGUCGUUUGACGAUACGCUGCGCAUCUGGGACGUGCGUCCGUUUGCGCCCGAGCCCAAUCCGGCCGAUCCCAACGCAAACGCAGCCAAUCCAAGACUCUAUCGCACGCUGCGCGGGACGACGUUUGGCGGAUUCGAGAACUUGCUCAUCAAGGCGGGAUGGAGUGCGGAUGGCGAGAAGGUCGUGGCGGGAGGCGCGGAUCGAACAUGCACCAUCUGGGACGUGGAGUCGUCGACGAUUUUGUACAAGCUGCCCGGUCAUAGAGGCACGUGCACCGCCGCAGUCUUCCAUCCGCGCGAGCCGGUCGUCGUGUCCUGCUCCACCGAUAUGACGCUCCUGCUCGGCGAAAUCGACCCGUAG